AUGGGGGAACCGACAAGCCAGUUUCAAAAUAGUGCGUUGGCGAAGAUUGCUGAUACUCCAAUAAAAUGCACACCAAACUAUUCAAUUCUAGAUGUCGCAAAGCUAAUGAAUGCAAAGAGAGCACACUGCAUUAUUGUUAUAGAUUCGGCCACUUCGAAAAUGGUAGGACUAGUUACUGCAAAGGACAUGGCAUUCAGAGUUGCGGCACCCGACUUGGAUACGAUGUGCUCUGUUACAAGUAUUAUGACAACAGACCCUUACUUCAUGCCACUAUCAACGUCAGCAAAUGAAGCCUUGCGAUUAAUGGUUACAAAGAAAAUAAGACACCUACCUUUAAUUGAUUCUACUACUGGAGUUGUUGUCAAGCUUCUCAACAUUACGAAGUGCUUUUAUCAUGCUAUGAUUCGUUUGGAAAAGAUGGCCGACGGAGCGCGACGACUACAAUGUACAUUUGAAAACCUUAACGAGUAUGAUUUAGGUAGUGAUUAUGGCAUGGUACGACCUUUACCAAGUAUGCAAGUUGAUCCACUCGCACCAACUAAUGAAGAGCUGUUCGAUCGCAACAUACGCCAGAGAAAAAUGAGGAUUGCAAACGAUAUUAAAAGAUUGAUAAGCAUCAUGAAACAACCGGAAUUGGCGAGUUUGGUCACGGAUAAAUAUUUUCAUCUGGCACGCUGUGCUACCUUACCACCGUCAGCAUCAAUACUUGAAGCGGCUCAAAUGCUGAAGGCGAAAAAUCUAACGGCAGCUCUUAUUUGCAAUGCUCCCAGUUUGAAAGAAUCAAACAAGAGCACUGAUACUAUUAUGAAAUCAGAUGUUAUAGGAAUUAUAACAACCAAGGAUAUACUUUUUAGGGUUCUCGCAAAUAAUUAUGAUUUAAAAAGUAUGAAAGUUGCACGUAUUAUGACUCCUCGCCCAAAUUUUGCACAGGAGACCAUGGGGAUCCAAUCGGCAUUAAGACUCAUGUAUGAAGGCAAGUUUCUUAAUCUACCGAUUGUAAAUGGUGAGGGGGAAAUCACAGGGUUGGCAAAUGUUCUUAACUUGACAAAUGCUUUGCUUAAGGCUCUUGACCUCUCCACUGUUGAAUCUACAAGCUUCCCUUCUAAAGAAUUAUCAGAUGCUUCGCAUUUUGAUAUUGAAAAUAGUUCCACUUCAAAUGAGGAAAGCAUUGGUCCAGCAUGGAAUAAAUUUUGGGGCUCUUUGGAGGAGCCGCUGAAGUCAAUUAAUUCCAGCGAAAAACCUUCCAGAAGAAGCUCAUAUACAAAAUCACGAAGUAACUUGUCAAGCGAAUGGCGAUCGACAACAAAUUUCAGAACCAAUUCUAAUACUUCAACAACGCCGCUACCAUCAUUAACAAGCAUACAAGAUAAAAGGAUUCCAAAGUCCAUGUCAUAUGGUUCUCUUUUGAGUUCAACAUUGCCUCAGCCUGUACUAAUGGAUUUUCCAGGAAGUGUAGACCAAUCUAAGGUGGCAAUUGGAAAUCAAAAAGCAUAUUCAACCUCAAAUUUCCAUUCUAGAGAGAUUAAAUUUAAAUUAAGGGUUAAAGAGUCUUUAAAUCUUGAUCUAGACGGAAAAAUUUACAGAGUGAAGAUCGUUGUUGAUAAAAAGGGUAGUGAUCAAGAUCUCCUUUCCAUAAUAAAGCAUAAAAUCUACAUGAAAUUGGAUUUGCAACGACUGCCAAAUAGUAUUUUUGAUCUUUCUUACAUAGAUAAUGAUGGCGAUCUGAUAGCGUUGGAUAAAAAUGAUGAUCUCGAAGCUGCAUUAGAAUCUCAACCGAAAAAAUUGCUUUUUAUCUUAGAAAUCAAGGAAAAGACACCAGAUGAUGAUGAUAGAUUAUGUGACAAAGAAGACCAUGCUUUUGCAACUGAUUUAACUGUUGGAAGUACGAUAAUAAUUGCAUCCUCAUUGAUUUUCGCUGGAAUUUUGCUCUCUCGUCUCUGGACAUCACAGAAUAGGCAAUAA